UGAGUGCCCCCUUCCCCUGCACCUCGGGGCGGCGGGUGGGGGAGGGGCGGGACCAUUGUCCGGAGGACUGGACAGUUGGUCACUUCCCUGCCCCCGGGGUGGCGGGAGCAAAGGCCCCGGUGGUUCUGCACAUGCGUGGCAGACUUGUAACAGGGAGGUCACAGGCCUGGUGGACGGCUGCACUCAGAUCUGAUCCACCCUGCUGAGUCUCAGGCUGCGGUGAUAACAGUGCGGAAAGCAAACACGGGCGGGACCUAAGUCCAAUAAAAGGCUAGAGGAGCAGGGACACAAGGGCCCUGCUGUCCUCCCGGAAGUGUCCAGCAGGAUGCUCCCAGCCUGCCAGGGGCUGUGGCCACACAGUGAGGGUGGAUGGGAUCAGCAGUACCCAGGCUGCGAGGCCAGUCUCUGGAUGGCACUAGGCGCCCUGCCCACCGGGUCAUGACCCGAGCGCUCUGCCCUGAUGCAGGGGUUAAGAGCACACUGGGACCCCCAAGGCUCCCUGUGGCAAUUCUGGACUCCAGCUGAACGAGGAGCUGGGGAAGCCCCUUGCCAGGUCUGCCCAGCUGAGAGGGCAGGAUAAGUCCUGGAGUCCCUGCCCGGCUCCACAGUGCUUGCUCAGGGGGGCAGGUGCGCACAGCUGCCGCAAGCAGCCCUGGCACAGCCCCAGGACCAGCCAGGCCAGCUCCCUGCCGCUGCCGGGGCCACCUGAGGUGGAGGGCGGAUGGGCCCUGCCAGGCCCAGGGUGUGUCUGGAGAUGUGUGGAGUUUCGUGGGGGUGGCGGGAGACAGAAAGCAGCUCAGCAUUCCAGGGAGGAGGCUGGCCCUGCACAGACAGACACGACAGCCUGCCUGCGGCCACAGGGGCGGCACGUCCUGCCAUGGGCCCUCAGACCACAUGCGGAGGGAAGCGGGGGGUGGACAGGGUGACCGGAGAGCUCAGGGGGUGCUCUGCACUCAGUGAGCUGCCUCUCCAAACCCGUUUCCUGUUGUGGAAAGCAUUGGUGACGUGUACGUGGGCACCGUGGUGGGGCACGUCCAGCCUGCUCCCUGGGGCGCCUGCUGGGCUGCAGUGGCGUUUGGUGGUCCGCUGCAUCGUGGCACGUUAGACUUUCCUCCGUUACUCUCAGAACUCCCCAAGCUGACGCGUCUUGUUUUAAAAUGCCACUCACCUCUGUGCCACAGAGCAUCAGGGGAUGUGAGGGGCUUGGCCAGCCCUGGGGACCCAGAGUCUGGGGGCUUGGUGGGGAGGUGGGUGUGACCCUGGCGUCGGCCCCUGGGCGGGAGACAGAGCGAUGUGGGAAGAUGGAAGCACAGGUUGGUAGGACCAACCUGGCCCCGGGCAGGCACCGUCCAGCCUGUCACACGCUGACACGGGAGGUGAUGCCAAGAUGCUCCCGGGGCUCCCCAUGCUGUGACCAUGGGGUGACCAGACCCCAGGCACCCGAGACUGAAGGGCAUCCAGCUGGGCCUCCUGCUGCACCUCAGCCAUGGGGCCACCACCCACCAUCGAGGGGAGGGUCGCCAGCACCUGAUGUGGGCAGCAGAGAGCCCGGACCUUGCCUGCCCCUCACCUGCCCCUGGUCCUGGGGAAGGGGGAGGACCAAGAGGACACAGCGGCCCCCACCCAGGCUUCACCCCUCCUCCAUCCCAUCUGUGCGCUGAACAGGCACAGGCUGGGCACUGACUGCCCAAGACUGGAAUCAGGCCUAUCAGGCUGGGCAGGGGGUGGAGCCCCCCACAGCCACCUGGCCACCAGGCCCCAGGAGGGAGACUGGCCCUUGUGUAGCCCUGCAGGGCAGAGCUGGAUGAAGCUGGAGCUAGAGGAGGGCGGCCCUGGACGCGAGGUGGACAGAGGAACAUCAGGAGGCUGAUGGGAGCAUGGCCCUGGGUGCUGUCCUCUCUCACCUGAGGCUUGUUCUCCCACUGGCUGCCACAUGCAGGUGUCCACCAGCAGACGCCAGCACAGGUGCAGAUCGCCCUGCGGCCCUCCACGGACUCUGGCUCUGUGCCCAGGGGGCUCACGUAGAGGUAGAGUGGGGACAGCAGCGGCCUGCCGCAGGUCGCGGUGGGAUGGACGCACUGACGCACUGAGCCGGGCUCGCGGCCCAGAGCAGGCACGGAGCCGAGUAGCAGGCAGGCGACGUGCCCGGGCGGGGCAGACAAGCCAGGAGGGCCAGGUCUGCGGCUGCUGCAGCCCUGGGCGAGGGCGGAGCUGGGAGCUGGUGGACCCAGGCCUGCGCCCGCCAACGGCUGAGGACAGGUGUGUCAUUCCCGGCAGACAUAGAACUGCCCGCCUGGGCUCCCUGCAAGAAAGGGCAGCCCUGGGACCCAGCCCGCUGCUCCAGCCCAGCAGGAUCACGCCACCCGACCAGCGGGGAGGGGACCCGGGAGGCACCCUGCACCUGGCCCCACAUCACACGACGGCUGCGCUCAGUCUCCGGGUGAACGUCGCGCGGCCUCACCACGGCCUGCCACAGCCUCGUGGCCGGAGCGCCACUGGACUGGGCCUGUCAAGCAGAUCCAUCUCUGACCAGCGAGACCAAGUGGAGCAAGUGGGGAAGUCAAGAGCUUUGAGAGACGGUUGAAAACCUCUUCCUCACCCUCAACCACCUUCCCAGAUUUACGUGAGAAAGCUCCCCCUCGAUGCGGGGCAGCCGCACAGCCCCUGCCUGCCUGGACCCGGCAGAAGCCCGUCCGAGUCAGAAGGCAGCUGCGACCUGGCCUGCGGCUCUGGGCUCGGUUGGGGAGGGCAAGGGUGUGGGGUGAAGCCGUCCUCCCCGGCCUCAGAGCCAGGCCCCGCCACGACACCAGCCUGGCAGAGACCCUCUCCCGCCGGGACCCAGAGCAGCCGCCUCCAAAAAGAGGCCACCAGCCAUCUACAGGGCGUGCUGGGUCCCAGCCAGGUUGGCCAGGCUCGCCAUGACACCCGAGUUCCUGUUUUAUCCGCCCACCCUGCGGUCCCCCUUCCCUCUGUCAGCUGACCCGACCCUCUAAAUGCCCACCCUGGCUGCCCUGCCCGAGGGUCCUGGGUCCCUCGCCAUUUUUGAUCCAGGCUGGGAAAGUUGGCCCUGCACCCUCUGGCACAGGAAUGUGCUAGAAGACUGGGAUCCACGCGGCACGUAGGCACAGGUAUGGGCACGGCCCCUCCGUGACAGGGCCGUCCAAGUGGGCUCUGAGCAUGCUCCCCUGGCCGCCCACACGUCCACCUCGCUGACAGCUCGUGGGCUUCCAGGGGAAAAGAGCCACGUUCCUGGAAUGAAACAGCCCGAGCCCCUGCCCCGCCCGGCUCGCCCUCACCCUGGCGCCUGUGCCCUUCAUCCCUGUGUCCUCACUAACUUGCCACAUGCUUUACCCAGGACGCCCAUGUACUGUCCCCAUCACGGAUCCUCCUCCUCUGUCAGCUCAGCCUCUGUGGGCCUCCCCAGUUCAGCCUCCUCCCUUGCCUCCAUGGCACCUGGACUCGCCUGGACGCUGGGCGUGGGUGUGGUGAAGAGCCUGCCGCUGCAGCUCGCAGGGCCUGGGCUCGGGUCUCGUCUCCCGUGGAUGCCAUGGGGCGGCACAGGCGGUGCAGAGGAAACAUCUCCUCAUGGCAAUCGCAGCCCCACCUGGACUCGAGAGUCAGCGCCUGGGAGUGAGCCCAGGGCACCCUAUCACUGAGCUACACCCCCAGUUUUUUUUAAUUUUUAUUUUGAGACCAGGUCUUGCUAGGUUGCUGAGGCUGGCCUCAAACUUGUGAUCCUUUGGCCUCGGUCUCCUGCUUGCUGGGAUUACAGGUGUGGCCACCACUGCCAGCAAAAGUCAGCACUUUGAAAACCAGGGCUGAGACGACCGUCUGUGUCUCAGGUGCUACCCUGGUGCAGUGACCACAGACCUGUCAGUGCAGCAAGACGCAGUUAAUUGGCUCGCUGUGAAAUGUUAAGGGGUGAUUCAGCAGCAAGUCCCCUUCCCCAACUAGAAUAUUCAAUAUGUUUCAGAAAAAAAUCUCAUCUGGCUGAGAACCGAGGGCCCGGUCACUCUUCUGUGGCCUAGCCGCUGGUGCAGCACUCAGCUUCCCUGAGCCCACUUAGUUCCAGCAUCUACCCAGGGAACAAGGACAACCCCGGCCACACGAGGGACGCGCUCAGCCUCCGCGAACAGGCAGGCGAGGGCGCUGGCCGAGGCCGACCCUGCUGGCAGUGGCGUGGCCUCCUGAGUGGCCGUGGCUUGACACGGGUGAAUUCAGUGAGGACAGUCGGGGGCAGCGCGCUCUCCCGUGGGCAGCGGCUCCUGGCGAGCACGGGCACGUGGCCCUCGUGAACAGGACGUGCUCUCCUGGCCGAGCGUGCCUCACCCGAGGGGUCACCAAGGAAGACACCAGGGCGGUCAGCAGGAGGCUGCUCCCCGAGAAUCAGGGGUGGGUGAUCAGACCGGGAGGCGCGCGUCCUGCCCUGGCCCCUGAGGGCAAGCCCGCCCAGCACCUGAACCGGGCCGUCGGCAGCCCAGCAGAUGGCCGCCCAGGUGCAGACUCAGUGAUGCACGGCAGCGCCAGUCGGGUGGGCUUCUCUGCCCCAGCUGCAUACGCCCACGGGCUGGGAGUGUCUGCAACGCCCACAGGACCAACGACCCCCAGAUCACGCUCAGAGCAACCUGCUCUCAUCUCCCUUGGGAGGAGGACGUGGCUGGCAGCGUGCGUGGAGGGGACGUGCCUGCCCAGGAGGACACCCAGAUCAGACCCUGGUGCCAGCAGGUAAGACCACUGAAGCACAGCAGCUGGCCCGAGGGCUCGGCAGAGUGCACCCCCUCUCCUGGGCUCCCAGCGAGCUCACGCACUGUGUCCUGGAAGGAAGUGCAGGCCACUCGGGCCCUGCAGGGCAGCAGGACCAUGCCAUGGCUGGCCGGGUGCCUGCAGGAGCCAGCAGCCAUGUCCAGGAACAGGCCUAUUGACCGCUGGACAGCUGUGGGCGGCCCAGGGAGCAGGAGGCAGACCUAUGGGAGCAGCUUAGGAGCUUCAUGGCCCGGCAGCCUGACCCUGCCGAGGACAGCUCCGGUGGACAGCUCUGGUGGCAGCUGCUCAGAGCGCGUGGUGACUGACCCCAGCGCCCAGCAGGGGCCUGGCCUGAAGAAGACAGUGGUGCCACCUCUGCAGGGACACGGGAGACAGCCCCGUUCCUCGAGACCACCGCCACCUGUGUGCAGGGCUCUCGGGGGCCACGCCCCAGCCAGGGCCAGGAGGUGUGCUCUCAGGGCAGCUGCGGUCCAGGGACGCUGUGGGGCUGAGGGCAGCAGCCAGGCCCUGAGGUCCAGGGACCCUGUGGGGCUGAGGGCAGCAGCCAGGCCCUGAGGUCCAGGGACGCUGUGGGGCUGAGGGCAGCAGCCAGGGCAGCUGCGGUCCAGGGACCCUGUGGGGCUGAGGGCAGCAGCCAGGGCCUGAGGUCCAGGGACCCUGUGGAGCUGAGGGCAGCAGCCAGGGCCUGAGGUCCAGGGACCCUGUGGAGCUGAGGGCAGCAGCCAGGGCCUGAGGUCCAGGGACCCUGUGGGGCUGAGGGCAGCAGCCAGGGCAGCUGCGGUCCAGGGACCCUGUGGGGCUGAGGGCAGCAGCCAGGGCCUGAGGUCCAGGGACCCUGUGGAGCUGAGGGCAGCAGCCAGGGCCUGAGGUCCAGGGACCCUGUGGAGCUGAGGGCAGCAGCCAGGCCCUGAGGUCCAGGGACGCUGUGGGGCUGAGGGCAGCAGCCAGGGCAGCUGCGGUCCAGGGACCCUGUGGGGCUGAGGGCAGCAGCCAGGGCCUGAGGUCCAGGGACCCUGUGGAGCUGAGGGCAGCAGCCAGGGCCUGAGGUCCAGGGACCCUGUGGGGCUGAGGGCAGCAGCCAGGGCCUGAGGUCCAGGGACCCUGUGGGGCUGAGGGCAGCAGCCAGGGCCUGAGGUCCAGGGACCCUGUGGGGCUGAGGGCAGCAGCCAGGGCCUGAGGUCCAGGGACCCUGUGGGGCUGAGGGCAGCAGCCAGGGCCUGAGGUCCAGGGACGCUGUGGGGCUGAGGGCAGCAGCCAGGCCCUGAGGUCCAGGGACCCUGUGGGGCUGAGGGCAGCAGCCAGGGCCUGAGGUCCAGGGACCCUGUGGGGCUGAGGGCAGCAGCCAGGCCCUGAGGUCCAGGGACCCUGUGGGGCUGAGGGCAGCAGCCAGGGCAGCUGCGGUCCAGGGACCCUGUGGGGCUGAGGGCAGCAGCCAGGGCCUGAGGUCCAGGGACCCUGUGGAGCUGAGGGCAGCAGCCAGGGCCUGAGGUCCAGGGACCCUGUGGGGCUGAGGGCAGCAGCCAGGGCCUGAGGUCCAGGGACCCUGUGGGGCUGAGGGCAGCAGCCAGGGCCUGAGGUCCAGGGACCCUGUGGGGCUGAGGGCAGCAGCCAGGGCCUGAGGUCCAGGGACCCUGUGGGGCUGAGGGCAGCAGCCAGGGCCUGAGGUCCAGGGACGCUGUGGGGCUGAGGGCAGCAGCCAGGGCCUGAGGUCCAGGGACCCUGUGGGGCUGAGGGCAGCAGCCAGGGCAGCUGCGGUCCAGGGACCCUGUGGGGCUGAGGGCAGCAGCCAGGGCCUGAGGUCCAGGGACCCUGUGGGGCUGAGGGCAGCAGCCAGGGCCUGAGGUCCAGGGACCCUGUGGGGCUGAGGGCAGCAGCCAGGGCCUGAGGUCCAGGGACGCUGUGGGGCUGAGGUCCAGGGACCCUGAGAGGCUGAGGGCAGCAGCCAGAGCCCUGCUGCUGGGUCUUUACUUUCUGUCCUUGAAAAAAGCUUCUCUAGAGACACAGGAAAACCCGCCCCAAAGCUGACCGAGGCUGCAGGGGCCAGAGCACAUGUCCCAGAGCCAGACGCCAUGAGUCCUCGCCGUCUUCGAACACCGUAAAGCGACCCCAUGUCUGCGGGCUUGGGCUGCUUCCAGGGCAGACACGGUCCUGCCAUUGAGAACGGCCUCGGGUGGACACAGUGGAAAGGAACGUCACUGGACUCAUGCUACACCCAGGAGAAAGCACCUGGGGCGCUGGCUUCCUCCUCGCUCUGGCCCUACGGGACCACAGGCUGGCUGGGAACCAGAGUGCAGCCGCACCCGCAGCACCACAAGCAGCCUGAGGCAGGGGCAGCCCUGCCCAGGACGCCAGGCCCUGUGCGACUCCCUGCCCGCUCUCCCCUCCUCUGCACCUCUGGGCCCGCGUGUGAAGGAGGCAGGACACACCCUGAGGGCCUGAACCGCCUCCUCUGCUUACCAUGAUAUCAGAACAAACACUGCAGGGUGAGCACGUCCUGGCCGGGUCAGAGCGGCCUGGCCCACCAGGCGAACAGCGGGACAGCGAGCCCCCACUGGGGCUGCCAAGUGCCCUCUGCAUCAUGGACUCUCAGAGCCAGAAGCCACCCAGCGUCAAGAGCCCACGCCCAUCCUAGAGGGAGGCGCCCUGCCCUCCCCUCCAGACACAGGUCCUGUGCUCAGAGUGGACCUCUGACACCCAGCCCCACUCAUCCUCCCAGCAGAACAAAGACCUGCAGCCAGGCUUUGACCAGUUCUGCAAAAGUGCCACGCUCAUGGGUGAGGCCCCUGCCCCUCAGCUGGGCUUUCUAAAUUAACUUCUUGUCCCAGGUCGGCUGGUGGCACAGAGGCUGUGACACAGCUGGCGGCAGUGUUGGGGGCCAGGCUUGCGACACACACUGCCGGCCUGCCCCAGCCCUGGGUGGGGACAAGGUGGGCACAGGGGCAGUGGGAGCCCAGUACCUGUCUCCCCACAGAGGGAAAGAGGGGCCGGUUAGUUUAGAGGUCUCAACGCUUCACAGUAAGAAGGUCCGCUGGGCACUCAGGGGCAGGGUGGGGGGCAGCCUGGCCCAGGAUGGCCGGGGGUGCUCUCCUGCCACAGGUCCCCCUGCCCAGCUGUGGGCAGAGGAGCUAAAAUACUGAAACUCAGGGUGGACCCUGCCGGGCUGCAGAGGGGAUGCAGCUCCCCACCGGCGCCUGACUUGUCUUCGUUCCCACCAGCCAGUGUUUCCCUGGUGGGCAGGGCGCCCGGCUUGGUGGCAUCCUGUCAGCUCGCUGUCUCACCAGCAGUGAGGCCGCGGGACCAGGGCGGGGAAGUGGAGAGUGCGUGGAAACCGAGGGGCAAGACGCGAAUCGGAAGCCCUGCCGGAGGGGCCGGCUCAGCAGCAGACUCGACCCUGGGGCUGCCCGCAUGGGCCUGAACCCUCGCCCCACCCUCCGCCCUUUCGGUUUGGACGACAGCAUCUUGGGGAUUCGCUGAAGGACUCUGCCCAAGCUGACCCAGGACGUGGCGCAGAGACCCCGCGGGCCCAGGCACACGCCCUUCCUCCAGAGCCACGCUGCCGUGCCUGUCCCGACAGCAGCCACCAGAAGAGCAGCUCCAGGCAGUGCUGUGCCCACUGCCAUCUGCACACGAGGGCACGUGUCACGUGGUGGCCCAGGCCAGCUCAGUGACUGAGACCCCUUGGCCUCCGUGUCUGGCUCCCGGGCCUCCGAUGCCCAGGCAUGUCCAGAGGCCUUCCCAGGACGCUGUGUGCAGAGACCAUGGGAUAUGUCCCCAGCCCAGGCAGCAGGAGACCACAGCCUGCUCUGAACAGGCAGCACGCGCCCCUCAGUGUCUCUGUCGGGACUUGAGACGCCUGUCCAAGCGUGGCAUGCCUCCCAGUGUCCACCCACAUACACGGCAACUCCUCAGCCUCAGUUUCCCUAAAGGGAAAAGAAUGUCUUCAGUUUUACAAAAGAUGAAUGAGGCUCCACAACAGCUGGGUGAGGGCUGGUCCCAUCCACAGAGCCACAGCCCGCACUGCAGCCAGCAGCCCUGUCCCCUUGCCAAGGGUGAGUGCCCACCCGCACUGCUGCCCUACCAUCGCGCUGUCAGGGCACCAGGUCUGCCCAGGACCCUCCAGCGGUCCUCCCUCCCGUGACGCCCGGGGGUCCUCGUGGCCAAGUCUGUGCUGUGUCCAGACUCCUGGCUGAGAGGCAUCUGCCCUCAGGGCCUGCCACACCCUCCAUGGCACUGCUGCUGAGUGUCCUAAACAGCACUGGCCUGUCCUCCCAGGAGAGGCCACAGAGCGUGGGCCACAGGCAGGUGCCGUGCUUGGGAAGGACGCUGUGUGAGCUGAACCUGAGGUGGUCAGUUCCUAGCAACCUCACGCAUAGGAGUGUCCAGCUGCCACCUGACUAUCCCCAUCUGCGAGGUGGGAGAGCUCCGUGGGCGGAUGCAGCUUUGUAGACAGCAAAGCUCUGAAUCUGGACAAGGGUCGGGACUCCUGAGCCAGGCAGAGCUCAGGAAGUGCCAUGCAGGGUCCUCCUCUUCCUCCAGAGACCCCGCCUCAGACCGCAGCAGGCAGGGUGGAACAGGCAACACGGGAGGUACCUGCUCCACACCUAGGUGUGCGAGUUCAAGACUGAGGGAGACUCAGCCCCGUGGUGCCUGGGGCCUCAGGCGCCUGCAGCAGGUGGCUCCUGGGGAUUACGGCUUCCUGGAGAGCCGACUCCAAAGAAGCUUUGUGCCACCUGACUCAAAGGCAGGAGGCAGCUGGGCUUCCAGCAGAUCACUGGCAUGUCACCUUGUCAAGGGGACAAUUAAUACCAUGCAGCUGGUGGCUCUGCUGAGCUCCUUAUGUCUCAGGGUGGCCUUGCUAUGUCAGCGCACGGCUCUGAGGGCCAGGCACUGCUAAGCUCUCAUCUGUGUGGGGGGACACCCACAGUGCUGGCCAGGGGACACUACCUGUUCUUGGUGAAUGAUGACAUGAAUUAAAUCAGACAACGGCUGUGGGUAAAAGUUCAUUAACUCCCGGUCCCCGUCCCGAGCCAUGGUGGCUUCGGGGAGGGGGAAAGACUACGUGAAUUUCACUCAGACGAAGCAUCUCCAUGUACACCGCCCACCUCACCACCAGCACACCCGGCAAGUGACCCAUGAGUGACCAUGGGACUCACCCUCAGCCACAGAGCACAGCCAGGAGCACCACUCAGAAUAGACGUAGUAGCUUCUCAUUUCUGCCACGGAGAUCUGCACAGGCUGCCUGCCUGCCAUGGCCGCUCUGCUCUGCUCACAUGCUGCCGCCCGGCAGCCAGAGCUCGCCACACUGGACUCUGCCCCUGCGGCCCAGGAGGAAGUGACCGGCUUUCUACUUUCCUCUCAGCCUAACCAGGAUGGAGCACUCAGGGGUGACUGCUCUGCAAAGACCCAGAGGCUCGCUCUCCACCUGUGUUUACACGUGGAUGCCAGGGACCACGUGCCUGCGGGUGGCUUCAGGAAAGGAACAAUCGAGCCAUUCUCGGUGGCUCAAGGACACUGCUGGGACAGGCAGGCAGGCGGCCUGGAGCGGCUACACUGGACACAAGAGCAGCUUGCCGGCCACCGCCUCCUGCACCUGGCAAAGCCCCGCACGCAGUGGAGCCGUGCUUGUUACCGCAAGGAGCCAGGCAGGGGUGGGGGCUCACGUGCCACCCCGCCCUCUCCAGCCUUCCUUAGAGAUGGGGACUUGGUGAGGAAGGCCCUGCCCGGCGUGGGCCUGGGCACACUGCUGGCCGCCCCCACUUGUUCUGCAUCCCAGGCAGUUGGCAUCAGGUCAGUGGGUGGAAGGACGGCUGGAGUCCGAGGCAGGGAGGGCCUGGAACCCAAACCCGAGCCCGCCUCUUUUAACUCUCCUGGCUGUUUAGAACUGUGUGUCCAUCUUACGAGGAGGGUUCUAAGCUGUAAAUACAACAGCUUCUCCUGGCUUCAUUGAAAGUUGGCCCUGAGAGUUGCAGAGCCGAGCAGCGCCCUUCCUGUGGGACCUGAGCCCCUGCGGGCUGUGCUGUUUCUGGCGUCAGGGUGCAUGUGGCGUGGAGGCCGACAGCGGGGCAGGCUCCCCGCCUCCCUCUGGAGGUGCCCACGGCAUGCACUCUGGCUGCCGGAGUUCAGCCUUACAGCCACACUGUACCUGGGUCGCGUCUUCUGACGGCGUCCCACCCCAGAGGUCCUGUUUUCCAUGCUCGACCCAAGGAAAACGGCCUUGCUGCCCAGCAGAGGUCUGUCCAUGCAGACAGAGGCCAGCUGGGGCAGGACACACAGGUGUGCAGAAGGAAUCGGGCAGGAAGGAGCCAGGCCAGCGACUGCUCUGGGAACAUGGCAGGUGGACUCAGGGAAGUGGCAGGCCUGGCCCGAGGCUGCAGGAGACCACGUCCUCUCAGGGCCACACGCUGUCCAGUGCCCCGCGUCACUGUACCCAGAACCAUGCAAGAGGUCGGUCCUGAGAGCCGGCAGGGGGUCUUGCGGAGGGGUGGUCUGCCCCGACAGGUGUGCCCCUCCCCGGGCUCCAUACCCUGGCCCACACCCCAGCACUGCAGGCUCCAGAGGACCACACCUGCAGCCACGGGCUGGCCCUGCGCUCGCUGAGGCUCGGUGGACCAGCGUGGGACUCAUACAGGGCAGGGCCACUCCCAGGGGAGGCCAUCUGCUCGGAAUCAAGGCAGGAACGAGGCUCCUCCCGGAACCACGGGCAGGGCCCAGGGCGCACAUGCUCCGUCCUGCGGAGGGUGAGGUGCUCUACUUAUUUGAUUUUGCAGUGGUGGGGCUGGAACCCAGGGCCUCACUCAGGCUGGGCGAGCCCUACCACCCAGCUGCGCCCAGCCCAGUUUCGAUUCUUUACUGCUCGCUGGAGAGUCUCGCUGAAAACAACCUCCUCAUUAACGUGGCUGCAGCAGCCCUGCCCCCCGGCCCAGCACACUCGGCCCUGGGCUGGACGGAGGCCCAUCACCCUCCUGCCACCGACGGCCCUGAGCGGGGGGCCCGAGGUGACCUGCCCUCGCGCAGCUGGGUGUGCGCUGCACCUGGUUCCUGCCCUCAGGCUUGGCUCUGCCAGGUUCUGCUGCAUGCGUGGCCCAGCUGCUACCACAGCUUGAGGGUGCCUGAGUGGACGGCCACACCCAAGGGGAAUGCUUCCCCAACCUGCGGCUCCCUCCAGCACAGGUCCACCCAUGUGGUGGUCCUUCCACCAACACCCUGUACGCUGGCACUCUUGGGACUCCAUUCCUCACGUUGCCCCACACCCCUGUGAAGCGAGACUCGUGCUUCAAGUGUCUCAGCCAAGCUGUGUCCUGUUACUGUCCACUCACCGGCAGAAACAGCUUACCACCCACCCGAUGCUGUGAUCUGUGUCCAAGCUGCUGCCCACCUGCCCUGUCCCUGCACUGAGCUGCUGCCCACCUGAACCACCGUCUACCUGCCCUGAACCUACACUGAGCUGUCCCCACCUGAACCGCUGUCCACCUGUCCUGCACCUGCACCGAGCUGUCCCCACCCCAAGUCCCAGAGGCAAACCUUUGGCCCAUCCACGUCACAGGGCCCACAGGCGAGCUGCAGCAUGGUCAGACUCGCAGGCCUGGGCCCGUCUGCUUGCUCUGAUGAGGCUGCUCAGACCCCUCCACUCCCUUCCAGAUGCAGAGUGUUCCCUGAAGGAGGAAGCCAAGCCUUGGGGAGGGCCUCCCAGCUGGCCCGCUGACCCUCAGCCUGACCCCCUGCUCCGGUGCCCUCCAGAUUCCUGCUGCCCUGGUCACUUCCAAACAACUUCCAACACUCUCUCCUAAAAUUCUGCAUGUCAAAGCCCAUAAAAAACAGUCUCCGACCUGGUGGCACCCAGAGAGCCCCCUUGACCAGGGCCAGGAGGAGGACAGGGACACUCCUCCAUCCAGGGCCUCCCCCAGAGGAUUCUGGGGCUGCUUCUCACAGACUGACCACAGCCUCCACUGCUGGACCCACAGGAUGCUUCUCAGCCCUGCUAGGACACGCCAGAACUCGUCAGAGGCCUGGUCCCGGGACCCGCCCAGGUGGGCCUUGGGGCUGUGUUCAGCUCCAGCCCUCAGAGCCAGAGGCUGCCGGGCCCCUCUGUGGCCUAGAUGCCGAUGACACCCACGUGCCCUCAGAAGCAGUAUCUGCGGCCCUUCUGGGUGUCCAGGCUUCCCACCAAGUUGCACUCACCUCCUCCCGGGAGCCCCUCCCUCCAUGCCUGCCCCAGGCCAGUAACUGGGAAGGAAGCACAUCUGUGGCUAUCCCUCUGGCCUCCUGACCCUGUCAACACAGAAGGAAAGGACUGAAGGGCACCAAGUCCCAGCAGGGGGUGGACAGAGGGGUCCCACAGAUGGACCACCAAGUCCCUAUAGGGAGAUGGACAGAGGGGCCCCAACAGAUGGGCUCCAAUGCCCUGGACAUCAAUGCAGGGUGGACAGCACUGCAGCCCAGAGAUGGGGACACAAGACUGAUCAGGCCUGGAACUGCAGUCUGCAGUGUGGCCCAGCCAGGCAAGCAUGCAGCCCCACCGGCACCUGGAGGUGUGGCCCACCAGGCCUGUGGGAGAUGCAGAGCCUCAGCCCUCCCAGGGCCCCUGGACAGAAGCACCUCCGGGGGCAGUGUGGGCUCUUGAAGUCAAGCAGCUUCAGGAUGCUGGGGACAGGGACGGGAGCACACCUCUUGCCAUGUCACUGUGGUCUCCAGCACAGGUUCCUCACCGGUGUGGACACCAGCCAAGGACAGGGAGGCAGAGCUAGUGUCUGAAGUGAAAUGUCUCUGGGGUCAACAGGACGGCAGAGCUCUGGACAAGCGCCAGCUGCCCCUCGACCUCCCACAGAGUGGUCAGAGCUUACUGCGAGUGCCACGGGCAGCCACCUUUGUCCCUGUGCACAGGACCAGCAGGGGCAGUGUCCUGGGGUCCUUUCAUGGGGGACACCUUGGUCCCCCUCCUGGAGCCCCUCUGUGACGUGGUCUAUGGCCCAGAGGUUCAGCCUGGAGAGAGGGGGCGGCACGGCUGGGCACCCUGGCAGUGCCAGGCACGUGGCAGGUUCGCCUGGCCCAUGCUGCGCCCUGAGCUGUGCCAGGCACACGCUGGGCACAGUGGGGCGUGUGGAGAUCUGGCAUCUUGGCCCCAGAGCUCAGGCUCAGCCUGUCCAGCAGGCAAUGUCCUCAGUGGCUGAGGUGCCAUCUGCACCCACAGGGUGGGGUCUGCCCCUCUGUACCCCCUUGGAGAGUCAUCGGGCAUCCCUGCCACCCCUUGGGCUCUGCCACCCCAGGAUGGGGUCAGCCCCAGUGUGGCUACCUCCCUGUCCACCCUCAGGUGCCAGUCAGAGCCUAGAGGCUGCCUGAUCCUCCCCAAAAGGCAGGGGCUGUGGGGCUGGCAGUGGCCCUUUGCUCCUGAGUCUGUGGGUCAAGAGCCGGGGACAGAUUCCACCCUGAUACCCCGGGGACAUGUGUGUGCCUGAGGUCAGAAGCUGCGCCCAAGUGCCUGGCAACUGCCCCUCAAUCCCAGGUCCCUGGGGAGAGGGCUGUGCCCGCCGGAAGCAGCAGGAUGCAGGGCAGCAAGGCUGGCUUCCGCCCCGGCUGCUGGCAGGCCUCACCCCCCGUGGCAGUCGGUGCUUGAACGCCCCUGAGAGCUGCGAGAACCCAGUUGCUGGCCCCAAGAGAGCCGCUGGGCAGGGGGCCGCUGUGGGGGACCUGGUGCAGCCUGCCGAGGCUCCACUCCGCCCUCCCACCCCUGGCCUAGUGUCCUCCACGCAGUUCCCCACACAGGCACUCGGAGACCAGGUCCUCAGGGCGCCGGGCAAAAGCAGACCCAGAGUGAGCGAAUGAGCGGGACCCGGGUGGCCCAAGCCAGCCCCCAGCAGGUCCUCACUGCGGUCUCAAGAGUCCUGCAAGCCGCUCACAGUUUCCAAAUGUGAACAAAAUACCACGGGGCGGCACCUGCCCCUGAGGACACGGGUGCCCGUCCCCUUGCCCAGGGACAGGCCAUCCCUCCCACCUCACCUGGUUUCCGGCGCCCGGGGGCUCCUCGGCGCUUCCUGGGCAAGGACCAGAAGCGACGCACAGGCCCCCGCGGGGCUCCCUUCUCUGCCAUGGAGUCGGUCACCCGAGGGUUUUGGCGAAGCAGAGGCAGAGGCCACUCCAGUCUUGAGGACGGGUGGCCGUGGUCAGAUGCACCCGUGGUCCACCACCUUCGGGUCUUCACAGCUGGAGACGGCAGGCGCCAGCAGCCUGCGGAGGCUCUGGGUGCUGAGGCCAGGCUCCUGAGACCUCGGCUGUUCCACGCCAGCUCCUGGCGCUGGCUGCCCUGUCCUCAGGCCCCGCAGGCCUCCUGCAGCCUGCCUCGAGGCUGGGCUGUGCCUCACCUGGCAGCGUGGGACGAGGGAAGCGGGCGCUGCGAGGUGGGGCAGCAGGGGCGGCUGUGCCCGCCCAUCUGCUCUUGUGCUGGACGCUUCCUUCCCCAGACGGGCUGCGUGGACCCAGCUCCACACCAGGGAGUCGCUCAAGCCACAACACCUUGCAGGCCUCAGGAAGUCUCAAGUUCAAACAAACAACUACAAACCCGGAGGAAGGGAGGGACAGGCUGCCGGCUUUUUGAAAUAAACCGGGAAGUUCCGCCGUCUGUUUCUCCCGUUGGCUGUGGAGCUCCCGGCGAGAG